AACUCCUUGCGUGGCAGGCUGAGGAGCCAGUGUUCCCCUGUCCGCCUCCCGUGUCACACCGAUCCUGUCACGGCUCGUGCAGGGCGAUCUCAGACCGCGGUCACGAUCAGAGGCUAGUCGGUGGCUAACGACGCUUAUCGCCGACGCGUGAAAUUCGCCACCCCGGCGUAAAGACUCGUCACGUUGCCAGCCGGUUACAGGUAGUUGUUGGGUCACUUUCGUGUGAAGAACUCUCUCGUGAUGGCCAGCGACGUCGCCGCUUACUUACCGCCCCGCCAGAGCCCGCAAGGCGGGACGGCCCCCACCUGGCCGCCGAUGCUCGACUUCCCCCAGCUCGGUUACCCCAGCGGGACCGGCUCCUACCCGUCCUUCAUGCCGCCGGGCAUCAAGCAGGAACCGGCCUGGGCGCACGAGGAGGACCGUGGCUACACCAGCGCCUUCUCGGUACACCUCUCCACCAGCCCCCGAGGAACGUCCCUGGGAGGGUACGGUGCCUUCCCCGCCGGGUCGCCCAGCCACGGUUGUUCGGCGGCAGUGUCGAGCCAGUCCGCCCAGCUGUUCCCCAGCCCCACGUACAUCAGCCGUCAGAUGGACACACCGUCCUGCUCUCAGGGAUUUCCGAACUACGACACGACCAGCCUGACCGACGACAUCAACUCAAGGAGCUACUCCAUGUUCGCCCGUUCCGCGCAUGCGUACCGACAGGGCGGUGAGCCGGGCCCUCUGACGUCACCACACCACCUGCAGACCAACAUGGCGGACUGCGAGUACGCCCGCAGCACCUACAGCGCAUGCGUCAAUGUCAUGUACUCCGCUUCAAUGGCAGCCAGUCUGGAUUACUGCGCAGCCGCAAGGUCACCUAAGAAAGAAAACUGCAGCUACCCGGGGUUGCACAGUCCCAGCCUGCCCCGCGGCCUGGAGCAGAUCCAGCGCACAUGCGCAGUGAGGCUGAUGACGGAGGAGAAGCGGCCGUUCGUCUGUCCUUACCCAGCAUGCAACAAGCGCUACUUCAAACUGUCUCAUCUACAGAUGCACAACAGGAAACACACAGGUGAGAAGCCGUUCCUGUGUGAGUACACGGGCUGUGGCAGGCGUUUCUCCCGGUCUGACCAGCUCAAGAGACACAUACGGAAACACACAGGAGUGAAGCCGUUCUCGUGUGAGACCUGUAGUAGGAAGUUCUCCCGCUCAGACCACCUCAAGACGCACACAAGAACACACACAGGGGAGAAGCCGUUCUGUUGCCGGUGGCCCAACUGUCUGAAGCGGUUCGCCCGGUCAGACGAGCUGGUCAGGCACCACAACAUGCACCAGAGGAACCUCACCAAACUGCACACGCAGUUCUAACGUGUGUACACGUCACGGUGUGCGCAACGAACAAUGACGUCACGCAACGUGCAGAGCACGA